AAAACCCCGCCCAUUAAUCGGUGGCUACAAAUUUCAUCAGGGAGUGCAGAUUGUAAAAACUGUAUUUUUAAUAAGAGACAGUUUGUCUUGGAUGCGUUUGAAGACGUUUGGUUUCAGUCAGCAGGAGAAGAAAGCGGAGUGAGGAUGGCGACCCCAGGCUCCGGUGACUCCUCUUCAAACCCGAGGCCCGUGGCUGGGGGUCGGGGCUCGAUGCUGAACCUCCGGGCGCCGGGCCGCCUGCCCACCAUGCGCUCCAGAGACCUGACGCUGGGAGGCGUGAAGAAAAAAACCUUCACACCCAACAUCAUCGGCCGAAAGAGUAAAGAAGAACUGAAAGUCAACGAGGGACCGAGGAGAGAGAGGAAGGAUGCGGAUCGCGGGCGACAGCGAGAUGGGCGGGGCAGGGGGCGUGGCCGACCAGAGGUCAUCCAAUCCCACUCCAUCUUUGAGCAGGGACCUGCAGAGAUGAUGGCCAAGAGGAGAGGUGUGUAUGAGGACACGCGGGACACGCCCAACAGCGCCCCCUGUCCCAUCAUCAACAUUAAGAAAGAGAAGAGAGAGACAGAAGAGGAGACCAAAGAGAUCCUGCGCAAGCUGGAAAGAGACAAUUUUGUGGACGACCCGCAGCUGAGGAACGAAGCGCGCUGCUGUCCCGUGCAGCUUCCUCUGGCCGUGUCCGGCUGGGUGUUUAAAGAAGAGUUCGAGGAAGACGCUGAGAACGGAGGAGUCAAAGUGGAGAAGUGUGCAGAGGAUGAAAAGAUGAACACAGAGUGCUCAGACACUGCUGUUACAGUCAAACAGGAGCCUCCUGACAUCCCUGUGAUGAAGAAGGCGGAGCCCACGUUUAAGCCGCCGCCCCUCCCUGAACCAGACUUGCUGCCUGACCUGCUGCAGGCGUGGAGUCGCUGCAAAGAGGAGGAGCUUCUGUUCAUGCAGCUCCCUGAUUCGCUGCCGGGACAACCGCCGACCAGCGACGCCCGACCCACUAAAACCACCGUGCAGUCCGAGGACGGACAGAACAUGCUGCAGAAGGCUGAAGGGCAGGAGGAGGAGCCUGAGGAGGAGAACAGUUGUCAUCUGAAGGAGCUGCAGGAGGGUUUGGUGGGCCGAUUGUUGGUGAGGAAGUCGGGACGAGUGCAGCUCGUGUUGGGGAACAUCACACUGGAUGUGGCUCUGGGGACGUCCUGCUCCUUCCUCCAGGAGUUAGUGUCAGUGAGCACAGAGGGCAGGAGAGGAGACAUGACUGUACUCGGCCACGUUAAACACAAACUCGUCUGUUCGCCUGACUUUGAGGCUCUCCUUCAGAACAGAGCUUGAAUGUGUGUUGUACAGCUGUGUGUGUGUGUGUGUGUGUGUGUGAGAGAGAGAAAGGUGUGUAUCUGCAUCAGCUUGUCUCCUCCAGUUUACAAACCUGUACCUUUAAUGGCUUGGAGAUGCAGCUCUGUUAGGUUUUUGAGACAUACUGUAUAAUCUAUAUAUACUGUAUAUAUAAAAUUAUUUAAAUUGAAAAUAUGGUUCUGCAAUGUGAUUAAAGGGGGAAAAAAAAAGAAUUACUGUGAACGUGGUUGAUUUUUCAUGCAUUCACUAAAGAGUCAUAUAAGCUACUGUUUACAGGAUGGGAAAUCUGAGUGCGCGGUUGUGGUGGAUGUAUUAGUACGUGUCCUCUGUACAACUUUAUAUUUUAUAGAACUAUAAACUAUAUUUUACAAAACUAGCCAAAUGUUCAGCUCGAUAUUUGAUUGUGCACUUUUUUUUAAUUAAAGCCACGGACCACUCACAGAACAUGUUUAUUACAGUUUAACUAGAAUUUGUGUUGAUGUUAUUUACAAGGCUUGACGUGUUUUUCGACUCAAGGUUCAGAUUAAGCUCAUUCGAAUCAAGUCAGUGAUUUCCACCACUCUGUCAGAAAAUGAAAAAAUCCCAGACCACCUGACUCCAUUUUGAGUGCAGUCCCAACAUCAUAGGGUUAAUAUAUUUGUACCGACCAUACUGUAUCUAAACAAGGAAGGAUAAAUCAAAAUAAGUCCAUUUGAAAGCACAGGUAUAUUAGGAAUACUGAACAUGUGUUUAUUGACUGGGAUAUUACAUACUGAGCAAGUUCUGUGAAUAAAAGCUUUCCUUUUGUAUUUCCAUCCUAUGACAAUGAACUUCUGGGUGUCAUUGUAUUAGACUCUGAACAAAAACAGUUUUAUCCUGGUGCAAAAAAGAAUCUUGUUUUUGACCCAGGUUUUUUUCUUGAUUAGGCCUUUUGUGA